AAAUUGGCAAGUGCAGAGAGAGAUGGCUCUCAGUUCUGCAUAAGAAGUUAGAGAGAGAGAGAAACAAGCACGAGCUCUUCCUUGGCGCGAAUUUUAGUUUUAACGGUCGCAUUUCCGUGAAGAGAGAGAGAGAUAUAGAGCUAGCAGUCUGCCUAUCAAUGGCGGAUUUAUCACAUGGUCGUGCUAGUUUUGGGACUCAAGCCAACGCUUUGCUCAGGAAGAACUUGACUUUCCAGAAACGAAAUAUCAAGGAAAAUGUUAGGCUCAUCUUAUUCCCAUUUUUACUCUGCGUGUUGCUUGUUCUUGUGCAAAGUUUAAUCAACACGGAACUUGAUAAACCCAAAAACAAGUGUGGCUGCGCUUGUAGCAAUGGGAAGGAUAUAUGUGAAAGCAAUGAGAGGGUGUGCGGGAUUCAGUACUCAACUUUGUCUCAAGUGGCCACCUGUCCCAUUCCUAGUCCUCCAGAGUGGCCUCCCUUGUUUCAAAUACCAGGUCCUAAGUAUCGUGCAGCAAAAACUGAUUUUUCUUCAUUUACCGACUUGCCAGCUGAGUCAUGCAAGAAUACAGGGACUUGCCCUGCAACUAUUCUUUAUACAGGGAAUAAUGAAUCUUUUGGACAAAUUUUGGCUGGGAAUAUGCUCUCAAGUUCUUCCAUUUUGAAUUCCUCUGACUUAUUGAAUAGCUUUGCCGAUAAUAUCAUGGGAUCAGAUACAAUGACGGAUACUACCAAUUUACUUGAGCCAGCAUUCUUUUCAAAUGAACCAGUUUAUCAUCUCCAACCUCAGUGCUCUGCAAAUUCUACUACUUCUGUUUCCAUCCAGACUUCUUCUUUUCCAGUGUCUCAGCCUCAGGAGGUUAGAUGUGUUCAAGGUCUACAUUUGUGGUGCAGUAGUUCUUCUGAAAUUAAUGAUGAACUAUAUAAAGGUUACCGGAAGGGGAAUUCAGAAGAGAAAAUUAACGAGAUUGUAGCAGCCUAUGAUUUCUUAAACUCCAAUUUGAAUAACUUCAAUGUGAGUAUAUGGUACAAUGCUACCUAUAAGAAUGACACUGGCAAUGGUCCUCUUGGAUUGAUGCGGGUUCCUCGCUCAGUGAAUUUGGCCUCAAAUGCCUACCUCCAGUUUUUGCUCGGGCCUGCUACGGAAAUGCUAUUUGAGUUUGUCAAAGAAAUGCCCAAGCCUGAGACCCAAGUCAAGAUUGAUCUUGCUUCUGUCCUUGGACCACUCUUCUUUACAUGGGUCAUUCUUCAAUUAUUCCCUGUCAUAUUGACAUCUUUGGUUUAUGAGAAGCAACAAAAGCUAAGAAUCAUGAUGAAAAUGCAUGGGCUUGGCGACGGCCCUUAUUGGAUGAUUACUUAUGCUUAUUUUCUUGUCAUAUCUUUGGCCUAUAUGUUAUGUUUUGUGGUAUUUGGCUCAGUUAUAGGGUUGAAAUUCUUCACACUCAAUGACUACAGCAUCCAAUUUGUGUUUUAUUUCAUCUACAUAAACUUGCAAAUUUCAUUGGCUUUUCUAGUAGCUUCAAUUUUCGCAAAUGUGAAGACUGCUGCAGUUAUCGGGUACAUAAUGGUUUUCGGAUCUGGGCUCUUAGGAGCAUUUCUUUUUCAGUUCUUCGUUGAAGAUACAUCAUUCCCAAGAGGCUGGAUUAUUGUUAUGGAGUUAUAUCCUGGCUUUUCUCUAUAUCGUGGGUUAUAUGAGUUUUCAACAUAUGCCAUCACGGGAAAUUCUAUGGGGACUAAAGGGAUGCGUUGGGGAGACUUGAGUGAUAGCAGUAAUGGGAUGAAAGCUCUCUUAAUAAUCAUGUUUGUGGAGUGGUUUGUCAUUCUUUUUGUUGCAUAUUACAUAGAUCAAGUCGUAUCAUUAGGAAGUGGUGUUGGAAAGAGUCCUUUAUUUUUCUUGGAAAAAUUUCGGAAGAAGCCUUUGUCAUCUGCGUCAUUAAGGAAACCUAGUAUGGCAAGGCAGGGAUCUAAAGUUUUUGUUCAAAUGGAGAAACCUGAUGUUGCCCAAGAGAGGGAGAAGGUUGAGCAGUUGCUACUUGAACCGACAAGUCAUGCUAUCGUGAGCGAUAACCUCAAAAAGGUGUAUCCAAGAAGGGACGGAAACCCUGAGAAAUUCGCAGUGAGAGGGUUGUCACUUGCUUUGCCUCAAGGGGAGUGCUUUGGUAUGCUUGGUCCCAAUGGUGCAGGCAAAACCUCUUUUAUUAAUAUGAUGAUUGGGCUCAUGAAGCCCAGCUCUGGUGCAGCAUACGUUCAAGGUCUGGAUAUACGGACUCAGAUGGAUGAAAUAUACACCAGCAUGGGUGUAUGCCCACAACACGACUUGCUCUGGGAAUCCCUCACAGGAAGGGAGCACUUAUAUUUUUAUGGUAGGCUUAAAAAUCUUAAGGGGUCUGCAUUAUCCCAAGCAGUGGAAGAAUCUCUUAAGAGUGUUAACCUAUUUUCUGGAGGAGUUGCCGACAAACAAGCUGGGAAAUAUAGUGGAGGCAUGAAGAGGAGGCUUAGUGUUGCCAUUUCACUAAUCGGGGAUCCCAAGGUUGUCUAUAUGGAUGAGCCAAGUACUGGACUAGAUCCAGCUUCAAGAAAUAGUUUAUGGAAUGUCGUGAAGCGAGCCAAACAAAAUCGAGCAAUCAUUCUCACCACACAUUCAAUGGAGGAGGCAGAACACCUUUGUGAUCGACUAGGAAUUUUUGUGGAUGGCAACUUGCAGUGCAUUGGAAAUCCCAAAGAGUUGAAGGGUAGAUACGGAGGGUCUUACGUGUUUACGAUGACAACGUCGUCAAACCACGAAGAGGAAGUUGAGAACUUGGUACAACAAUUGUCUUCAAAAGCUAACAAGAUAUACCAUUUAUCUGGAACUCAGAAGUUUGAGAUACCAAAACAAGAAGUCAGAAUUGCAGAUGUUUUCCAAGCAGUUGAGAAGGCCAAGAGCCGGUUCACGGUUUAUGCAUGGGGACUGGCCGAUACCACAUUAGAGGAUGUCUUUAUCAAGGUUGCACGCGGGGCUCAAGCGUUCAAUGUACUCUCAUAAUUUUGAAAUAUGAUGAUGAUCAAUAUCUCUACUCCAUAUUUUUUUUAAAAAAAAAUUAUUAUUAUUAUUAUUUAAAAUAGGGAAGUGAUCAACUUCUCAUGUAUGUGGGCAAUGUAUAGUGUCCAUUUUGUGUUAAUUUUACUUUUAUAGCCAAUUUGUAAGCUUGUAGACUUUUAUUCUUUGAUGUCAUUUAUUAUCAAUGACUACUUGAAUCUCAUUGAAAAAUAUUUGUUUUAAA